ACGGAUCCUGAGGGCGGGCGCGGGCGAGGAGGGAAACCCGGGGACCGGGCUGUGGAGGGAGGUCAGAGGUCACGAAGUUGUGCCUGCAGUUGUUUCCAUAGUAACGGGGGCCGGACGUGGCGAUCUUAGGGUGCGACGGCCCUCUCCUCAGACCUUCUAGGCCGGGCCUGGCGACUCUAUGGUGCACGGAGGAGCCGCGCGUGGCGGGUUUCAGCGAGGCGGGAAGAGCGGCGUUUGUGAGGCGUUUAGACGGCGGCGAAGGGAAGGUCUGAGGUCGCCGUCGUGCCUGGCUGUGGCGGGGGACGCCGCUGACGCGAGAAGGGGCCACACACAGGCUCCACGGCCUGCGGAAAUUAAAUGGGGGCGCCUCAGCCCCCCGGGCCGCCGCCCCCGGAAGCGGAAAGGGAACCCGGCGUGCCCCUUCCUCGGUGCCCUCCAGAUCCCGCUGCAGCCGUCGCCGGGACCACGAUGCCCAAACGAAAGAAGCAGAGCCAGCAGCCGCCGCCGCUGCAGCCCCAAGUGCCGAAGCGGGAAGAGACUGGAGACGCAGGCGGCGGCGGUCCUGUGGGACCACCCAGCCUUCUGGGCCCUCCCCCCAUGGCCAAUGGAAAGCCUGGUGUCCUGAAGUCAGCUCUUCACAGAGGUCCCCCAAGUUCAAGGGGAUUAAUGAUUCCACCACUGCUGAGUCUCCCACCUCCUCCCCGGGGCAGAGGCCCUGUUUGGGGAGGCUUAGGCCCCAGGUCUGGUCCAUAUGGUCGUGGUUGGUGGGGUGUCAGUGCUGAGCCUCCUUUUCCUGGACCAGGCCACGGCAGUCCCUCCAGGGGAGGCUUUCACAAAGAACAGAGACAUCCUCGGAGGCUCAAAAGCUGGUCACUUGUCAAGAAUACCUGCCCCUCGAAGGAUGAGCCCCAGGUUAUGGAAGACAAAUCUGACCGUCCUGUCUGCCGACACUUUGCCAAAAAGGGCCACUGUCGAUAUGAGGACCUCUGUGCCUUUUAUCACCCAGGCGUCAACGGACCUCCUCUGUGAGACUGUGCCUUCCCAUCCGAGCUGGAAGGAGCCAUCGGUGACCUAGCAGCCAUAUAUUUCCCUGUGGCCCUGUGACAGCUACUGUGAGGCUGUUCCACCCACCACCCUCAGUAACACCAACCCCUGUCCACCACCUCCCCCGUUGGGGGUUCAGAGUUGUGUUUCAUCACUGGGGCACAGUGUGCACUCUUUCUGCUGACCCAGCCUCCAAAGUCUCGCCUUCAGGACCCCAUCUUUGUUCCCUCAACUGCCUCCUAGGCCCUCUUAACCCUCACCAACCAACUCCUGAGCAGGAAACUUACUUGGUGCUGUUUCUUGUGCAUCUGUCCACCCAGCCCCCAGUAUGGCCCUCAAUUCCUGAGCCCUGGAGCAGUUUCCUAUCUUCUUCUGGCUGCUUGUUUUAAGUCCUUUUUAUGUGAUAGUCCCUACCCCCAAUGUUGGCAGCUGCUCUGUGACACUCCCUGGGUUGUCUGACCUGGGGUCAGGUUUGGGUGACUGGUACAGAGCCAUUUCCUGAAAGGCUACUCUCCCUGCUUCUGGAUUUUGUAGUUUCACCGUCAGUAGCAUGGCCCCACCACCAUGGUCUGUGAUCGCUGUGCUUUGUGAACGUGCACCCCCUCGUAGCUUUCUCAGUGUCUGUGGCAUUUCUGUGGCUUCCCCACAGUAGAGUAUUUAUGCCAAAACAAGUGAGGCUCUUGGUGCCCUCUAGGCUUUCCCCACCUCCCAACACGGGAGAUUGUGAAACCUUCCACAAGGGUGCCUCCCCAGCCUUCCAAUUCUUCUGGUGGUGUUCUUCCUGGCUUUGACCGGGCCCAUGAGAUGUGCUCUAAAGCCCCUGGUGGGCCUCCCUCCAUAGUUAGACUGUGUCACGUGAGGCUACCAGCUUUUCUUUCGAGUUCUGUGAAGCUCCACCUGGCCUAUCUUUAGGUGGAAGUUGGACAGUCCUGCUGUCCUCUCCCAACCUCCAUCCCUGUGUCUCUGGCACUGGUUGUUUUCUGUGAAAACGGCAGUGAGCAGGCUCCAUCUUGAACUGGCCCUGAGGACAUGGGUUAGGAGUUGUGUGGGCAAGAAGGAGGGAUGAGAGCCAUUGGAGAACUGAAAAUGAAUUUUUUUUUCUUUUUAACUUUUUUUAUAUUAGUAAUAAAUGCAGUGGAAACAAA